AGAAAGAGAAGAAGAUGAAGUUAUCAUAUGAAGUUGCUGUUUUUCUAGUUCUGUGUGUUACCAUAGCCGAGUCAGUACACCCUUUGGGAAAAUUCUGUAACAAACGGACUGCGAUAAGUAAUGGCAGCAAAAUAUCAGCAAACAUUGACAGUUUGUUGCCUGAAUUAGCUCUCAAAACUCCCCCAAAUGCCUUUGCUACUAGCUUCAGUGGUGAAGACGAAGACCGAGUCUAUGGCUUGGCUCAAUGCAGAGGUGAUGUGAGCACUAAAGACUGCUCAAGUUGUGUCCAAGAUGCUGCUAAGGAGAUCAAACAACGUUGUCCCAAUGAAGCAGACGCUAGGAUUUGGUAUGACUACUGCUUCUUAAGGUAUAACAGCAAGAGUAGUUUCAUUGGAGAAGUUAACACAUCUCCUGGCAUACUCUAUGCUAAUGUUAAAAAUGUAAGUGAUCCUGAAACUUUCAAAAAGGUGCUAGGAGCUCUAAUGGAUCAGAAAAGAGGAGAAGCUGUUGAGCCUAGGAAUGAGGGUCUUGGCAAAGGCGAAACACAGCUUUCGCCACUAUCCACACUCUAUGCAUUGGUACAAUGCACAAGAGACCUUUCUCAGAUAGAUUGUGCUCAGUGUUUGGCCCUUGCAGUAGAAAACUUUGACCACUUUUGCGAUAACAAAAAGGGUUGCCGAGUUUUGUAUAGUAGUUGUUAUGUAAGAUAUGAGCUCUAUCCAUUUUUCUUUCCUCUUACUUCAGACAAUACCACGGUGAAGCCAUAGA